CUAAGGAGUAUAAUAAGGAACAUAAUGACAAGCCGGUGUUAUACGGUAUCAAAGAUAAGAAGAAAUUUCAAGGUGCAGAGGUAAUCGACCCAGAGACCGAGUAUUACAUGGAUCCUAUUUAUGUACUUGAUUUUGCAAGUUUGUACCCGUCGAUAAUGCGUAAAUACAAUAUGGGACCCGAUACGCUUAGGUAUGAAAAGCCCAAUGAUAAACAUCGAGUGCAUCAUACGAAACAUUCUCACGGAUCUGAUAAAAAAGAAAAAGAAGCCAAGAAAGAGCGUGACAAGUAUAUUGGGAUUAAUGAUGUGAUGUAUAAUAUACUAGAUCAGAAGCAACUUGCAUAUAAAGCAUCGGCGAAUGCAUUAUACGGAGGUCUAGGUUUACCAUAUCUCGGUAUUGCUAUACCAGUGAUAUCACAGUGUGUGACCUUUGUUGCUCGGAAACUGAUAAAAACUUUAAAAAAAUUUAUAGAAUCGUAUCAUACCGGGGAAUAUAGAGAUGACCAUAACAUGAUCUGUGACGAAACCAGUAAGGUAAUCUAUGGAGACACAGAUUCUUGCCUAGCACGAUUACCAAAGCGUAUCUUACGUUGUAUACUUGAAAAGUAUUACGGCUAUUUAAAAUACAUCGAGUUAAAUAAUGGUUUGGUAAAGGAAUAUGAAGAACUUAUAUUCAAGAUAUAUAAUGAGCUUACCAAAGAGGGAAGCAUAUUUGGUAAAAAA